UGGAGAACAUGGUUUGGUUCUCAUAAGAGUGGACCACCCACAGAUCGGGACUGGGCGACCCGCCGAUGAACUCGGUCCGGGAACUCGGUCCGAGCUGCAUAUGGAGCGCCCGGACCGGCCCGGCUUUAUCCAGUAUACUAAAACCCUAAAUCCUCCCUAAAUCCUCCGAUAUCCUCUGCGAAUCCGGAGGUGAUUUGCCCCCGGAUUCCAAAACCUAGAUCUCGUCAGCGAGCCUUCGUUCCUUGUUGCUCUCAAAUUCUCUGGCAGAUCACAGAAUUCCGCGGAAAAAUCUAGACGUAGCUAUUGAGACUUGAGAGGGAUCGCCCUGUUCACUUGGAGGCGGGAUACGAAGAAGCAGACGCUGUUUUGGGGGAAAAGAUACCAGGAUGGCAAGGAGGAAAAUUUUGGCCAUUUGCCAGUCAGGUGGAGAGUUUGUCACACAUAGUGAUGGAUCCAUGUCUUAUUCUGGUGGAGAAGCUCAUGCAAUUGAUAUUGAUCACGAAAUGACACUGCAUGAUCUGAAGUCUGAGAUUUCGGUGAUGUUCAACUGUGAUGCUGAUUCCUUUUCAAUCAAAUACUUCCUUCCAAACAACAAGCGAACUCUCAUCACAGUAUCUAAUGACAAAGACCUAAAGCGCAUGGUUGAUUUCCAUGCAGAUUCAGACACAACAGAUGUUUAUGUCUUGAAGAAGGUUGAGAACAGGAUAAUUAGGAGCGUUGUAGCUGACUCAGGUACCCCUAUUGAUGCUACAACUGCCAUAGAAGCUACUCAUGAGGAUGCCAAGCGGCAAAGAUUGUGCGCAAAUUGGGAUGGUGUGAUCACUGGUGUGGGGCAAAAAUUUGAUAGUCCAAGGGCCUUCCGUGAUGCACUGCAUAAAUAUGCUAUUGCAAACAGUUUUAUGUAUAGAUUUAUAAAAAAUGAUGGAUGUCGCGUAACUGCUGAAUGUGCUGCUGAGAAUUGCCCGUGGCGGGUACAUGCAUCUAGGUCGUCAGGUAAGCAAGAGCUUACAAUUAAGAAAAUGAAUGACACUCAUACAUGUGGAAAGGAAAUGAGUAAAGAAAGUCAUCGUCUAGCAUCUCAACGAUGGGUUGCUAGUGUCAUAAAGGACAAGUUGCGAGAUACUCCAAACUACAAGCCACGGGACAUUGCCGAUGAUCUGCAACGUGAAUAUGGACUAAGUUUGAACUAUGCACAAGCAUGGCGUGGGAAAUUUGUUGCCAAGAAAGAGCUUCACAAUUCACAUGAAGAGGCUUGUAAUCAGUUGCCCUGGUUCUGUGAAAGGAUUAUAGAAACCAACCCAGGCAGUGUGGCUACAUUACUAACAUCUGAUGAUUCAAACUUCCGUCUUUUUAUUGCUUUUCAUGCCUGUCUUAGUGGUUUUGAGCAUGGUUGCCGGCCCUUGAUUUUCCUGGAUGGAAUAUCUAUGAAAGCAAAUAAGCAAUGGAAGUUAUUGGCUGCAACUGCAGUUGAUGGAGUGAACGAUAUUUUUCCAGUUGCCUUUUCUGUAGUGGAGAAGGAGACUAGUGAAAACUGGCGUUGGUUUUUGGAGCAGUUGAAGUCCGCUUUGACAGUGUCGCGCAACUUAACAUUCGUAUCAAAUGGACAGAAUGGUUUGGAGGAGGAAAUCCCUCUAGUGUUUGAGGAUAGUUAUCAUGGUUAUUCUGUGCAUCACCUCAUUGAGGACUUUAAGAAAGAAUUGGACGACUCAUGGACACAGGAAAUAAAAGAUGCGACGGUUAAUCAUCUCAAACAAGCUGUAUAUGCUUGCAAAGCUGAUGUGUUUGAUGAAUGCAUUGAAAGCAUCAAAAUUGAAUCUAAAGAACUUGCUGAAUGGGUUUUAGAUACAAAACCUGAAAGGUGGUCUGAUGCCUUCUUCAAGGGCUUGAGAUAUGGCUGCUGCUACUCCAGUGCUGUGGAAACAUUUAAUGGCUGGGUAUCAGCAAGACAUGAGCUAUCAGUGGUCCAGAUGGUUGAUAUGAUCAGGUGUAAGAUGAUGGAGAUGAUGUAUACUCGUAGAGAGUCUUCUAGCACUUGGACCGAGACACUCACACCAUCCAUGAAUCAGAGAGUACAAGAUGAGAUGAUUAAAGCACGGAAUUUUAAUGUAGUAUGCUUGACAGGGAAUGUGUUUGAGGUACGUGAUGACUUGAUCAAUGUUGUUAAUAUCGAAAAUUGGGAAUGCACGUGCCGAAGAUGGCAAGUCACUGGUUUGCCGUGCAUGCAUGCUCUUGCUGUAGUUGUACACAAUGAUCUACGCAUGUAUGAUUACUGCUGCAAAUAUUUCACAACUGAAUACUACCGUCUAACUUAUUCAUUAUCCAUCAAUCCAAUACCUGAUGUUGGUAGGCCUACAUGCACUGAUCCUUCUCACAGUACAAUUACAUGUCCUCGCACCCGUCGGCUAGCUGGCCGACCAAAAGAAAAGCCAGCUGACCCAAGGAUUGCAAUUAAAAGAGCAGUACGCUGCAGUCGGUGCAAAGGAUUUGGGCAUAAUAAACAAACUUGCAAGGCACUGGUUUAGAUAGAUCAUCCAUUUCUUUGAUCUAUAUCAGUUAGUUUGUGGGAAUGUACAUUGUGUAUUUGGAAAAGUAAUAUUCUGGGUUCAUAUGGGUGGAAAUUUUUUUUAGAAUUUUGUUGUUAGCAGAUUGGUGCGGACUCAGUGCCAGGGGUUUAUGAUCUUCUGAUUUUUGUAGCCAAUUAUAAUUUGGAGCCAAGAUACAUCAACAUCCUUCCAGCUUGUUGCUUAGUUUCUCUUUUAGUCUUAACCAUCUUCAUUUCUUUGACAUAAGCAGCAAGCAAUCAAGACUUGUUGCCUUUUUUUUGCACAGGUUGUUUAUUAU